AUGGUAAGCUCAAGCUCUAAUCAGUAUGCCACAGUAGAAAUUAAAGAAGAAGAAUACCCAUACCCAUCGAAUCUUUCAGCAGCAAGCUUUAUUAGUGUGAAGCUGAGUGGUAGGGAUACGUAUGCUAUCUGGAAAACUCAAAUGGAGAAAGUAGAUGAUCAUCACACUCACAGGCUGUGGACAAGAUCUGAUGCCCUGGUUAAAGGAUGGAUUCUUGGUUCACUCACGGAAGAAACACUCAUGUAUGUUUUGAAUCGUCUCACAGACAAAUUCCAGCAACAGACAAAUGUCGAUUUCACUGCAAAAGAUGUUUGGUAUGAAUUGCAGACUACAUAUGGUCCUCCAAAAUUGCAGACUACCUCUGGUCUUGUUGGUCUUCCACAACGAUUUGAAGAUAAACAAGAAGAAAAAAGAAGAGCAGGGAUUCACCAACUACUCUACCAAGCACUUGUAGGAGUACUGAUAGACAAAAUCACGAAUAAUGGAAACACAUCACUCCAUGUAGCAGUGGGUGCUACCAAGAAGGCGGACCUAUUACAGAAACUGCUGGAAAAGACACCGGAGAACACACAACUGUUGGAUCUAAGAAAUUCAGAUGGAAGCACACUACUUCAUGUCGCUGCUAUUGUUGGCAACACCCAAGCUGCUGACAUCUUGGUGGGAAGAAACCCAGAUUUAUUGUUUGCCAAGGACAACGAGGGUCACACACCACUAGCCAUAGCUCUAUCUAAUAUGCAUACAGAGACAGCUCAGCAUCUGUUGCAACACAUCGGUAAUGACCUAGAGAUGGGUACUCUGUUUUCUGGUUCAGGUGGCGAUGAGCUUCUAGUUACUGCUAUUUCUUCUAAAGAUUUCCGCUUGGCGUGUGAUUUGCUGGGGCGUUACAAAACAUUGCAUGGUGAUGCUGUUUUGAUGGCUAUUACUCUAAAUUUCCCAACCGAACUCAAUAUGUUGGAAGAAUUUUCAAGGACUGGUAUUUUACACUCAAAAAUAGAAAGCGCUGUCGUUAUAGCAUCUGAUUAUACGGUUGAGAAAUGUGGUACCAGGGUUGGAAAUUUUAUCAGCCUAUUCUAUGUUGGGAUUUAUUGGAUUCUCAAACUUUUACCGCUAAUCCUUAAGAUGUUACGGUGGCCAUACAUUAAAGAGACAGUUCGAACACAUCUUGAUGCUAUUCUACUAUUAGCAUCGGUAUGUGACUUGAUAAGAUUCAGGAAUGACCCCAUGUGUUACCAUCAAUAUUACAUGAAUCCACUUUAUGAAGCCAUAAGACAAAAUUCAUACGACGUUGUAGAAUAUAUUCUGUCUUAUUUUCCAGAUGCACUUACGAGUGCCAAUGAAGAAGGUCACAACAUAAUUCAAUAUGCUGUCAUAAAUCGCUCUGAAAACAUUUACAACAUGCUAUAUCAAAUGGGCGAACACAAUAAUAUUUAUAGAACAGUCAAAGACCCUUUUCAAAAUAAUCUCCUGCAUUUGGCUGCAAGAUUGGCACCUUCCAACAAACUUAACCUUAUAUCCGGAGCAGCUUUACAGAUUCAACGUGAACUACAAUGGUUUAAGGAAGUUGAAAGGUUUGUAUGUCCUUUGAACAUCAUACAAAGGAACUCUUUUGACGAAACACCUCAAAUGGUGUUUACAAGAGAACAUAAGGACUUGGUGAUUGAGGGAGAAAAAUGGAUGAAGGCCACUGCAGAGUCAUACACCAUUACAGCUGCAUUAAUUGUCACCGUUGUGUUUGCAGCAGCAAUUACAGUGCCAGGAGGAAGCAAUCAGGACACAGGACUACCAGUUUUUACCAACAAUACAGCCUUCACCAUAUUUGCGAUAUCAGAUGCCAUAUCAUUAUUUGCAGCCGUUACUUCAUUGUUAACAUUUUUGUCGGUUCUCACAGCACGUUUUGCUGAACAAGACUUUCUUUUCAAGUUGCCUACAAAGUUGAUAAUUGGUUUGGCUACCUUGUUCAUCUCAACCACAUCCAUGAUAGUAGCUUUUGGUGCAACAUUGUACAUUGUAUUCGGCCAAAGGAACUCAAGGAUUCUUAUUCCAAUAGUUGUGUUGACAUGCCUACCGAUUAUUUCUUUUGUGACCCUGCAAUUCCGUCUCAUCCUAGAUUUGAUGAGUGCCACAUAUGGUCGUAGUAUUUUUGGUAAGAAAAGAGAUGAUACCUUCUAAGAAAGCUUUGUGCUUGAUUAUAGAUGGUGGACUAAAAAGAGUUGUACUCGAGUCAUAUUGGACUCCGUAUGUUGGUCCAUGCUUUUUAAUAUGACAAUUAUUUGAGUUAUAUGGAUUGAGAAAAAUGUGGUUAGAUGGAAAUUUGGAAAGUCAUUGAUCAG